AUGGCAGAAUCAUCACGGAGAAUGAAAAGUAAAGAAUCAAAGGCGACAAAGAAGACAAAGUUGAGAUACGUAUGUGAUGAAGAAGAGUCUGAUGAUGAUCGUCUUGACUUAGGAUUGUUGGAUGUUGAACCAGAUAACUUCAAUCCUACAUCUAACUUGUGUGACGACCCUUUUCUUAACAUUUUAUGUGAUGAUAAAAUGUUAAAGAAUAAUCAGUUUGAAGGGGACGAUGAAGCUGAUGUUGAAGACAUUCACCAGGAAGAGCUUGAGCAUGAACACCUUGAAGAUGAAAAUGGCUUGGAAGUGGGUGUCGAGUUCAGGGUGCACGAUCCUACCGUCAAGUGGAACCAAAUGAAGCCUACAGUUGGUGAGUUAUAUGAGUCUCCUGCUCAGUUAAGGUUUGCACUCACUAACUAUGCUGUAGCUAAUGGAUACCAACUUUGGUUCAUGAAAAGUGAUAAAAGCAGGGUAAUUGUUAGGUGUGGGAAAAAAAUGCAAAAAAACCAUGUCCUUUUAGGAUCCAUGCUUCGUGGAAGUAUAAUGAACGUACUUUUCAGAUAA